AUGGAUAAUGCCGCUGAGCACAGCAACGGCUCUUAUGCCGAUGCUGAACCCUUGAGACCUGCAGAACCCAACCUCUCGUCGCCGUCAGUUGAUAUGGACCUCGAUUAUAACGACCAGACGCCCACCGGACCCGUCAUGGAACCUACAUUCGUGUCAACUAAGUCUACAUCACACACAAAGUCGACCCAAAGCCAAUCAGGAAAAGCCGAUACGGGAUUUGAUGCUCGCUCCGUCAGUCGAACGGGACAAUCCACACGCCCCUUGAGCCACGCACCUAGAAGGUUCAGUGGAAGCACGGCUGCCAGUACCGCUGCAAGCUCUAUCAGUGAGGUGGAACCCAGCUCCCUAAAACCAUGGAGGAUCGGAGUCUGUGCCUUGGAUGUGAAAGCACGCAGCAAACCGAGCCAAAAUAUAUUGACUCGACUCCAAUCGAAAGGCGAAUUCGAGGUGAUUGUUUUUGGAGACAAGGUUAUUCUCGACGAAGCAGUCGAAAAUUGGCCCGUGUGUGACUUCUUGGUCGCUUUCUUUUCCGAUGGAUUCCCCUUGGACAAAGCCAUUGCGUAUGCUAAACUUCGCAAACCACUCUGUGUUAAUGACCUGCCUAUGCAAAAGGUCUUGUGGGAUAGGCGGCUCUGCCUGAGGAUUCUGGAUCACAUGGGUGUUCCCACCCCGAAGCGGCUGGAGGUCAACCGCGAUGGCGGUCCGGUUCUAGAAUCAGCGGAAUUAGGCCAACAUAUCUAUCGCCUGACUGGUGUAAAGCUAGAAGGCCCAGAGAGCGGAAUUGGUGGCGGUGCCCCUCAAACCCAGAGUGUCUCGAUGUCCGAGGAUGGCGAUGCCUUGAUUGUUGACGGCAAAGUGUUCAAAAAGCCCUUCGUUGAAAAGCCUGUCAAUGGCGAAGACCACAACAUUCACAUCUACUUCCCCAACGAUCAACAGUACGGCGGCGGUGGAAGAAGACUAUUCCGAAAGGUCGGCAACAAAAGCUCGGAAUAUGAUCCCAAUCUCACUGUUCCAAGAUCCGUCACCGAGAAGGAUGCAAGUUAUCUGUACGAACAGUUCCUCAGGGUUGACAAUGCGGAAGACGUCAAAGCCUACACCGUUGGGCCAGACUUUUGUCAUGCGGAGACCCGCAAAUCUCCCGUGGUCGACGGUCUCGUUCGGCGCAAUACCCACGGGAAGGAAAUACGAUACAUCACGAAACUUGGCAAGGAGGAGGCAAUAAUCGCAUCAAAGAUCUCGAAUGGAUUUGGUCAAAGAAUCUGUGGCUUUGACAUGCUCCGCGUGGGAGACAAAAGCUAUGUCAUUGACGUCAACGGCUGGAGCUUCGUCAAGGACAACAAUGAUUAUUACGAUAAGUGUGCCAACAUUCUCAGGGACAUUUUCUUGGAAGAGAGACGCAAAAGUGAGGGAAUGUCAGAAUCAUCCGAGCCGCCAUCACCGGACAUAGGCUCGUCCAGAAGGAGCACGGCAGGAUCUCAUCGCCAAGCCCUAAAGACCUUGCUGAAGUCUCCUAGCACUUCCAGGCUUUACGGCCAAAAUCAGAAACCUCCCGAAGCCCCAGAGUCAGGUACUCCAUCAGUAGCGUCAUCUGGGGUAGAGAGUACCGAUAUCGGCGCUGCUCUCAGCAAGUUGAAUUCCCGGGAAGCCUACUCUACUACUCGUGGCUAUAGUCCCUCGAACACGAAAUCUCCGGCUCUUUCGGUACAGCACGCCAAUGAAGAAGCCCUUCCGCCUCUUCCUGCUUCCAAACACUCUUGGAAGCUGAAAGGCAUGGUGGCAGUGAUUCGACACGCAGAUCGGACCCCGAAGCAAAAAUUCAAGUUCACUUUUCAUAGCCAACCUUUUGUGGAUUUGCUGAAAGGGCACCAGAACGAGAUAGUGAUCAAGGGGGAAGCUGCAUUGUCCAGUGUUUCUGAUGCCGUCAAGCUGGCUAUGGAGAAGGGCCUGGAAGACAUGGAGAAGCUCAAGUUGCUCCGCACAUCCUUAGAGAAAAAGGGCGGUUGGCCUGGUACCAAAGUACAGAUCAAGCCAAUGUUCCGAAAACGAAAGCCAGAAGAAAUGGGAGAACAGGGCCCACUGGAAGCUUCAACUCCAUUGCCUGAGGGCAAACCCAAAGAAGAGCCCCAUUCACCUGUACCCAAUGAGGGAGAGGGACUCACGCCAGAGAAUGAGGACUUGCGCAGAUCACAGACACGAAGUGAUUCUAUCUCAGGUGCGACUUUUUCUCGGUUCUCCGCCGCUGAGAAUGACUUGAUCCUGGACAAACUACAGCUUGUGAUCAAGUGGGGCGGCGAGCCCACACAUGCUGCGCGUUAUCAAUCGCAGGACCUUGGACUGAACAUGCGGGAUGAUCUCAAGCUGAUGAACAAGGAGGCGUUGAACAACGUUCGUAUAUUUACUAGCUCAGAACGUAGAGUGAGCACCAGUGCACAAAUAUGGGCAUGCUCAUUUUUGGACCAGAAGGAUAUCCCUGAAGACUUGAUACAAGUUCGGAAAGAUUUGCUUGACGACUCAAAUGCCGCCAAGGAUGUCAUGGAUAAAGUCAAGAAAAAGCUGAAACUGCUUUUGCGAGAAGGGUCUGCGCCUUCACAAUUUGCUUGGCCCAAGGAUAAAAACAUCCCAGAACCUUCGGUUGUCCUUGCUAGGGUAGUUGAACUGAUGAAGUUCCACCGGGGUGUCAUGCGACAGAACUUUGAGAAACUCGACAGCGCACCGCAGAUCUUCCAAGCUCCAUCCAAUGACCCUGAAACCCCGAGCCAACCAACCCCCGUGGAUUCCCCCGAUUUAUCUAGCAUACAGGGCCGUUGGUGCGCGGGUGAAGAUCCUCGACUCUUCAAAGAGCGGUGGGAAAAGCUCUUUGCAGAGUUCUGCGACACCGAGAAGGUCGACCCGAGCAAGCUUUCCGAGCUCUACGACAGUAUGAAAUUCGACGCACUUCACAAUCGGCAGUUUUUGGAAUGGGUCUUCAUGCCACAGGACAGUCCCCGUGACCAUGAUGAAGAACAGAAAUGCAAGAGCGCAGCAAAGACAGACACAAGCGCGGAGGGGAAACUUGGACAGGAAGCCGGGAACGACAAGUCCGAAGAGCGCAUCGAAAGCCAGACAUUCGCUCAUCGCUUUGGGUUGAAGAAACGCAACGUUGCUCUCGAGUCACUACCGCACCUUCGGGCACUAGAUGAUUCAUACGAUCAUUACUUCAAGCUUUUCCCUGGCUCCCAAUCCUCCAAGUGCAAGAUGGAUGAGCGGCUUUCGAAGCUCCGGGAACUGUACAAGCUAGCCAAGGUUUUGUUCGACUACGUGACACCUCAGGAAUAUGGAAUCACCGACAGUGAGAAACUCGAGAUUGGCCUCCUCACAUCCCUUCCUCUUCUUCAAGAAAUUGUUCGAGAUCUAGAGGAGGUGCAGGCUUCGCAGGAUGCCAAGUCCUUCUUCUACUUCACCAAAGAAUCUCAUAUCUACACCCUCUUGAACUGCAUCUUGGAAGGAGGAAUUCAAACUAAGAUUGCCAGGAGUGCCAUCCCAGAACUUGAUUAUCUCUCUCAGAUUUGCUUUGAGCUAUAUGAAGCUCGGGACAGUGAAUCGGACUCCUACUCUUACUCCAUCCGCAUCUCAGUCAGCCCUGGUUGUCACGCCUUCGACCCGCUUGACGUGCAACUCGAUUCCAGGCACUCCAUCGGCUGCACCCCACGCCGAAGCCUGACAGCCCAUCAGGAUUGGAAGGAGGUGAUUGAGACGUUGAAGGCGAAAUUCAACACUGUGGAACUACCCAAGACUUUCAUCGCGGUAAACCUCAGCGACAAGCAUAGCUCUCAUCAUGAGAAUUCACCGUCGCCCCCGCGUGGUAUUUCCCCAACUCAGGACUAAGAUCGACAUCUCGGGAACAUUGUAUUUGUGAUGGCCUUUUUUCUUUUUUUCUUUUUUU